AUGAGAGCGUUCGAUGUUUGCGAAGCAAACAAAAAAAAUUUUAAUAUUAAAUAUUAAAUAAAAAUAAAAAUAUAAAUAUAUAAAGCAAAUAUCUUUCUCCAAUUCUCUCUCGAUCGAUCGGUGUUGGAUUGGAACUCAGAUCCGAACCCAAUCUGACCUCAACUUCGACGGAGAUGGAUGUGGCGCCGCCAGCAGCAGCCGGAGCCGCUGCAGUAGCAGCAGAAGGUGCUCCCCAACGAGGACAGCAGCAGCCGGCGCCAGCCGCCGGCUUCGGCCAGACUAUCACCGGUAUCAUUCGAAUUGCAGUCUUCUGGUACUUCGCUUCCAAGUUCUUCACUUCCAAACGUCCCUCGGGCUCGGGCUCUGAGCCUCCCGUUCUCAUCUCCAACCUUUUUCACAAGGCCGAGCCUUUGGAUAUGUGGGUUUAUCUUUCUGAGAAGGAAAAGUUUAAUGAUUUUGGUAAUGAAGCUGCCCUUCUUUGGCACGAAAAUAAUAUUCCUUAUGCUGUUUGGGGACCUGAGAGUACUAGAACCCUUUCUUUGAAGUAUUCUCCAUCUCAGGCUGUGAAGAACAACGCAUCUCUGUAUGUUCACGUUUUCUUUGCCCGCUCCGGUUACUCUCCCGACCCAAAUGAUCCCGAGUAUCAACCUCUUACUACAUUUGGAAGGACACAUCCCCUUGUUGCAUACUUUCCCAAGUCUAAAAAUGAUAAGAAGAGGAGUUUAUUGGGAGCUUCUUCUGAUGACCCUCAAACUCAAACUCAAACUCAAACUGUAACCCAGGUUGAUGAAGAUACCGAAGGUGAUGUUAAAGAUGAUACUCCUGCGGUGUGGUUACCAUAUUAUAAACCAAAUAUUACAAUUAAUUUGGUCGAUGAUUUUACUCGAUAUCCUCACAAUGGUGUACCACCCAAUAUCGCUCCUUACUUGAAUGUCGAGCCUACUUCAGGGAACUACUACCCAACCGUCUUUUUUAACGAGUUUUGGUUACUCCGAGACAAAUUAAUACCAUUAAAUGAAACUGUGACAGAACUACCACUUAAUCUGGAGGUGGCUCCUAUAAGCAUGACCAAGUGGCAGCUGUUUCUGCAGAUUGAUCAGUCUUUUCAGAUUCACCGUAGUUAUGGAAGCAUGAUUGAAGGCGAGGCUGAUGAACUGAAGAGAGUAUUCUUGGAAGGGAACCCUUACCUCCUAGCAAUCACAAUGGUGGUCUCUUUACUACAUUCAGUGUUCGACUUUUUGGCGUUCAAGAAUGAUAUCCAAUUUUGGAACAAAAAUAAGUCUAUGGAAGGACUCUCUGCAAAGUCUGUUGUUGUGAGCUUCAUAAGUCAGCUCAUAGUGUUCCUCUAUCUUUUCGACAAUGAUACAUCCUGGAUGAUACUAGCAAGUUCUGGAGUUGGCUGCUGCAUUGAAUUUUGGAAAAUUGGGAAAGCCAUGCACAUUGAGAUUGAUAGAACUGGGAAGAUCCCUAUGUUGAGGUUCAGAGAUCGCGAGUCAUAUUCAAGUAACAAGACUAAGGAAUAUGAUGAUACGGCUAUGAAGUAUUUGUCCUACGUUCUUCUCUUCCUUGUUGUAUGUUCCUCUAUUUAUUCGCUCAAGUAUGAGCGUCACAGGAGCUGGUAUUCAUGGAUUCUCUCUUCACUCACAAGUUGUGUCUAUAUGUUCGGUUUCAUAAUGAUGUGCCCCCAGCUUUUCAUAAACUAUAAGCUCAAGUCUGUGGCACAUCUACCCUGGAGGCAGAUGACAUACAAGUUCCUCAACACAAUCAUCGACGAUCUAUUCGCUUUUGUCAUAAAAAUGCCAACACUACAUCGCCUUUCUGUCUUCCGUGAUGAUAUUAUAUUUUUGAUAUAUGUGUACCAAAGAUGGAUUUAUCCAGUGGACAAGAAACGAGUAAAUGAGUUUGGUUUCGGCGGUGAGGAUGAUCAGCAGCUCACCGAUGGGGCGGCAGCAGCAACAGCAGAUGCCACAGCCACAGUCGCCAAUGAGGUCGCCAAUGAGGAUGAGAAGAAGACCAACUAGAUAGCUGAUUUUGCAUUUUGGAUAAUCUCAACAACUAUUAACACUAUAUACUAAGCCUUAGUUAGGUUUGAAUUUUUUUUAUUUUUAUUUUUUUAGGCUAUAUAAACUGGUUUGUCUAAAUUUUGUAAGUUACGAUUAAUUUUUUCCAACUUCAUUUGAUAACAUGCAGCAGCAGCAGUUUAUAGUA